GUUUUCAGCCAAUCAGCUGCAGAGUUGUGUCCCCGCCUCCCGGACUGAGGCCAUCUUCCUGAGCUCUGCUGUGCGUUGGGGUGUCAUACAGAUACACCGUGUCAGAUUCAACGCCAGUGACGCUGCUGCUGUUACAGAGUUGUAAAUGAAGCAGUCAGAGAAAAAAGUGGCCGUUUCUGUCGAUUUGCACUGAAGCAUGGAUUAUGAGAGGAGGGGUGGUCGUGGUGACCGCAUGGGUCGCUAUGGGAAAGAGUCCGAUGAUCACGACUACAGGGACAUGGACUAUCGUGGCUAUGGGCAAGAAAAUAGACUGAAUAGCAACUUAACAAAUGUAAGACAGCACGAGCCUGAUAGUAGUUUUGAAGGUUUGAGAGAUUUCGCCUCGGGUAAUUUCUCAAAUAAUCGACCAAUAUUCAGACAAAAGGAAAACCAUGGAUCCAAAAACAGCCAACUUGGAAAAGGUCUCCUCCAAAGUCCUCCAAAUGAGAAUAUCCACUCGAGACUCCAGCAAGAUGAUAAGGAUUAUGAGUUUGACCCAGAGACUGAUGCACACAGGAGAGAUAUGCAGAUAUUUAUAUCAGGACAGAAGGUCUAUCAGGAUGAACAAACCCCAGAUGAGGGUGAAGAAAAUGAGGACAGCACCUGGGGCAGAGUUAGAGGGAGGCACAACUCUCAAGGCAAAUACAGUGCGGAAGUGAGAACUGAGGAAGACAAACAUAUCAGACAUUCUGCACACAAACAAGGGUUUCCUGGCCAAUCCCAACUAGCUAGGAACAAAAUGGGAGAUGGAAGCUUUCAUCAUGCUCUGGAAAUAAGCCAGGAGGAGCCAGAACCCUGUGACCAGGACUACAGGUCUGAUACAGAACAGGUCCAAAAACCCAGCAACAUUGUCAUGCUGAGAAUGCUCCCACCAAAUGCAACUGUUAACGAGAUUCGGGCUCGACUGCAGGAGCAAGGGAUCCAGCCCAGAGAGGUUCGCCUCAUGAGGAACAAGUCUUCAGGUCAGAGCAGAGGAUUCGCCUUCGUCGAGUUUAAUCACUUGCAGGAGGCCAGCCGCUGGAUGGAGACCAACCAGAGAGUGCUCUCUAUAUUGGGACAGCGAGUCUCUAUGCACUACAGUGACCCAAAGCCUCGUGCUAAUGAAGACUGGCUCUGCAAUAAGUGUGGAGUGCAGAACUUCAAACGAAGAGAAAAGUGUUUCAAAUGCAGAGUUCCAAAAUCAGAGGCUGAGUUGAAAUUGCCUCUGGUGCCAAAUAGUUUACCUCUGGGGCAGUUAAAGGACUCCGCUCAGGGUUUACUGCCCCUUCCAGCCAUAUACCAGACAGCAGCUCCACUAAUCAACUUAAGUUCCUCGUCCUCGGCUGCAGAGGUGGCCAAUGACACUUUGAUUUUGAGGAAUCUGGGACCGCAUACAACACUGGAGGCUAUUUUGUCUGCUCUGGCCCCGUUUGCUACUCUCUCACCUUCAAAUGUACGGCUCAUCAAAGACAAACAGACGCAGCUCAACCGAGGGUUUGCUUUUCUGCAGCUCACUACUAUUGUGGAGGCUUCUCAGCUGCUUCAGAUCCUCCAGUCCCUGCAGCCUCCUCUCUCUAUCGAUGGAAAGCUCAUUUCUGUGGAGUUUGCCAAGGGCUCCAAACGUGAUGUUUUUCUGACGGAUGGGAAUCGGGUGAGUGUGGGGUCAGUAGCGAGUACAGCUAUAGCUGCAGCUCAGUGGGCCGUCACUCAGACGAGCCAGCUCUCGGCAGCCGCUCAGAGCGGUGAUGUCAGUGUGCACCAGCAGGGGGCGGCAGCAGCUGUGUUUGGGCAGGAGCCAGUGCAGGUCUUCAGUGCAGAGGCGCAAGCCUUUAAAGGGCCAGUGCCUGCGCUACUGACCAGCCACACAACAUUAGGUGUUACUGAUGGAGGAACAGCCUGUAUAGGAGAAAGAGGUCCUACCGCCAUAUUGAAGCUUGCAGCAUCCCAGACUACAACCUCCACACAAGCCCAUCAGGCCCCGGUGGAAAUCAUUGGGAAACCUCAGCCUGCUACCCCAAACCAGCCUGCCACACCUGGGACCGCUCUGGAGUGCCAGCAGUACCCUGAUCCUGACGUAUCCACGUACCAGUACGAUGAGAGCUCUGGCUAUUACUACGACCCUCUUACAGGCCUCUACUAUGACCCAAAUUCACAGUACUACUAUAAUCCCCAUACGCAGCAGUACAUGUACUGGGAUGGGGAAAGACACACGUAUGUUCCUGCCCCGUCACAGACGUCCGAUGACCUCACAGGAGCGACCUCUGACCCUACAGGUGCUCCCAACAGCAGCAGGGACAAGAAGGACAAGCCCAAGAGUAAGACGGCACAGCAGAUCGCCAAAGACAUGGAGCGCUGGGCCAAAACUCUGAACAGGCAGAAGGAGAAUGGGCGAGCACUGAGCACUACCUCUCGACUGAUGGCCCAGGGGCGAGCUGAUGACCGACGGGAAUCUGCCAGCGCUGAUGCAGGCUACGCUGUCCUGGAGAUGAAGGGGGCCCUUCUGGAGAGACCUCAGGUGCUGAUGGAACAGACCAAACAUCCCGAAGAAAGAGAAAGUCCUCCUCAGGGUCUGGUGGCAGGAUACAGUGGAGAGACAGACAGCGAGGAGGAGGCCGGAGAGAGAGAGGAGAGACUGACAGACUGGUCCAAGCUGGCCUGUCUGCUGUGCAGGAGACAGUUCCCCAGUAAAGAGGCUCUGAUCAGACAUCAGCAGCUCUCUGAGCUACACCGGCAAAACCUGGAGCAGAGGAGAGCCAGACAGACUCAGUCAGACACACAAGAGCGAUCAGAAACUGAGCUGAAAUACAGGGACCGGGCAGCAGAAAGAAGAGAGAAGGGGGCCAUCCCACAAGCACCAGAUGCAAAAAAGAGGAAAUUCAGCCCUGUCAGUGGCGUGGGAUCUCAGAUGUUUCCUGGAAGGAUGGAAAAAGGUUUUUUCGCUCGAAACCUGCCAGUGGAAUAACACUGGUCUUUGGGUUUCCUUCAGUGCUAAACGAAAUGCCUUGUGCAGUUUUUAAUCAUAUGCUGCAGAACACGUGCACAGUGCAGCUAAGAGACCAUCGGCAGGAUUUGUCACAAAGAUGGCAAUGAUGAAUAUCAAAUAUAUAUUAUUUGAUGGGAUUCAGGUUAAUAAUUAAAAAAAAAUAAAAAAAAACUCAGGACCCUGAGAAAUACAAAAAAGCUCCUAAUGAUUGCACACUGCUAAUGUAAAUACAGUCCAACUAUGUGACAUUUGUGAAUUUUAGCCAAUUGCUGGCUUCCCAGGAAGCCAUUUGUGAAUAUUUAUUGAUGGCAUGAAUUUGUGAAACAUUUUGCCUUUCUGGGAAGCUGUGAAAAUGAUGUCAGGGUGGAAAACUGGGACCAUUCGGAAACAAUUUCAUGUAGUUUCUUCAUCUUAAUACAUCUUUUUUUGUCCCUUUUAAGUGUGAUUUGAAUGGGCCCUGAGGAGAAGCUUUGCUAUGCAUUUGCAUGUCUUGUAUGACAUGACAGUCUAUGCAGAACUGACAGACCGCAGCCGUCUGUGUUAACUUGCACAGUAGACUAGACUUUAGUGAUUAUCUUGAUGAAAAGACACAGCAGAUGAUUAGUGUUUACUUAUAUGAAUUUGUAUUAACCUGAUUUGCAGUGUAUUUGUGUCAUAUUUUAUGAUUUAGACUACCGUAAAACUUCAAAUAAUAGCCCGGGCUUCUAUUUACCCAAACCGCCGAACUGCACCGGCUUGUAUUUGAGACCGGCGUCUAUAAGAGACAGGCCUUUAAUUUAGUGUUGAGAUGUUCAAGCAUGACAGCAGGAGGUUACCACAUUAUACUACGUUUUAUUUAUAAUUCAUUUUAAUGUGUUUAACAAAUCAUUUAAUGUAAGAAAUGUCUUUGGCUAUUGGCAGCAUAAAAAAAAUAUAUAAAAAACGAAACGAUGUGACAGCAAUGGGCAGAACAAUAGAAGUUACCGCUAAAAUCCAUUGAGCAUAUGAACUUGUUGCCCGAAACAUAUCAACAAGAAAGAAUGAUGGCUACCCUGUAAAACAACUGCAAUCAUGUGAUAGAAAAUUACUCUAUUCAUCACUAUCAUCAUCCCCGCGAUCCUCAAUUACAAGUUCAUUGGCGAAUUCCUCCUCCACAUCGCUCUCUCCUCCACUUCUCCCUCUCCAGCCUCCGCUAACUCUGCCUUGCUUGCACUAACAGCUCUCGCACAGUUGCGCACGGCUCUCCCUCUUUGAAACAAUGGUGAUCCUCACUUCCAUCAGAAGCUACUGUCAGGCCACAUACCUAAGGAUAACAUCCUUAAGUCAAUGAAAUAUAUUAUCUCCUCUUUCUCCCUCGCGCGCACACACACGCGCGCGCAAGCAUACCUUAAAGGAAUUUUUCAGCCGCUCCGUAUCCAGCUUUUCCCACGCUUGAAACAGACCAGGCCUCUAUUUGAGACCGGCCUUUAUUUACCCAAACCUCUCGUCACACCAGGCGUUUAAAAGAGACAGGCGUCUAUUUGGGACUCGGCUAUUAUUUGAAGUUUUACGGUAUAUAAGAUGUAAAAGACUAUGGUGUAAAACAUUGCAUGUGUAUUUAAGGUGGACAGAGUGAAUUUGUGAGAGUAUGUCCUUAUGAGCACUAAGUGCCAUUAUGUUUGAUUUAUUUUUGUUUUUAUAAUUUUUGGUUGUUGUUGUUUAAUGCAUAGAUAAAAAUCACGUAAACGAUUUUCAGAUUCUAAUUUAGCUUGAUGUCAUCAGAAAAAAUCUUUGUUUAAAAAAUGGUUCCUAAUGAAAAUGAUUAGCGACUCCCUUUAUUGUUUUAAAUGGACAUAGAACACACUUUAUGAAUAUUGAGAAUGUGACAUUUUGAUUUUCAGAGGAUUUUUUACAUUUAUGUCUAAAUGAAGUAAUAAAAUCUCACCAAACCUGUCAAGAA